UGUCUCUCUCUCUCUGUGUUCCAGAGGUGAAGGACUAUGAGCCUCCAUAUGGCUGUAAAGUUCAGAUGCAUCCUGGUGUGGAGAGCAUGAAGGAUCACCUCCUCAGAGACAGAGGAAGACCUGAGAUCCCAGACAGCUGGGUCAACCACCAGGGCAUAGCCAUAGUGUGCGGCUCCAUAGAGGAGUGUUGGGACCACGACCCGGAGGCCAGGCUCACAGCCCAGUGUGUUGCCGAACGCUUCAGCGAGAUAGAAGACGAGAUGGAAAAACUGUCCAGCCGCAGCAGCUCCGACGAGAAGAUACCUGCGGAGGAACAGAAGAUACCGACGACACCCGGAGAAGAGCGACAGAUGAUAGCGGAACAGAUAGAAGAGGGGAAAGUAGCGGCGGAGAGCUCUGUGAGCGAUGAGAAGUGAGGGAAGGGGGGGGGGAGAGGACGUGGAACCCGAGGACUAGAACGUCAGUAUGUCACAAACACACAACUCAUGUUGCUAUGGGAACUAAACAACCACACCCAAACAAACAGCCCACACCUGGAAGAUAUCCAGGACAGUGGAUGUACUGUAUUACUGUACUGUACUGCUGAUACUCUUCUGUGUUGUAUUACCAGAAUGCAUACAGUAUUUAUACUGUAUAAAAUAAGUAUGUACAGUUUACAGUAUUUAGAUGUACUGUACUGUAUUGGAGGUUUUCCCACUGAAGAUAGCUCUCCCUUUGACUGAGAGGACAGGACAGGACAAUGGAAGAGAUUAUCACCAAAAACUGAGAUUACAGGACAUGACAAUGGAAGAGAUUAUAACCAAAGACUGAGAUUACAGAACAUGACUAUGGAAGAGAUUAUAACCAAAGACUGAGAUUACAGGACAUGACAAUGGAAGAGAUUAUAACCAAAGACUGAGAUUACAGGACAUGACAAUGGAAGAGAUUAUAACCAAAGACUGAGAUUACAGGACAUGACAAUGGAAGAGAUUAUAACCAAAGACUGAGAUUACAGGAUAUGACAAUGGAAGAGAUUAUAACCAAAGACUGAGAUUACAGGACAUGACAAUGGAAGAGUUUAUAACCAAAGACUGAGAUUACAGGACAUGGCAAUGGAAGAGAUUAUAACCAAAGACUGAGAUUACAGGACAUGACACUGGAAGAGAUUAUAACCAAAGACUGAGAUUACAGGACAUGACAAUGGAAGAGUUUAUAACCAAAGACUGAGAUUACAGGACAUGGCAAUGGAAGAGAUUAUAAACAAAGACUGAGAUUACAGGACAUGACAAUGGAAGAGAUUAUAACCAAAUACUGAGAUUACAGGACAUGACAAUGGAAGAGAUUAUAACCAAAGACUGAGAUUACAGGCCAUGGCAAUGGAAGAGAUUAUAACCAAAGACUGAGAUUACAGGACAUGGCAAUGGAAGAGAUUAUAACCAAAGACUGAGAUUACAGGACAUGACAUUUGGGAGAGUUUAUAACCAAAGACUGAGAUUACAGGACAUGACAAUGGAAGAGAUUAUAACCAAAGACUGAGAUUACAGGACAUGACAAUGGAAGAGAUUAUAACCAAAGACUGAGAUUACAGGACAUGACUAUGGAAGAGUUUAUAACCAAAGACUGAGAUUACAGGACAUGACAAUGGAAGAGAUUAUAACCAAAGACUGAGAUUACAGGACAUGACAAUGGAAGAGAUUAUAACCAAAGACUGAGAUUACAGGACAUGACAAUGGAAGAGAUUAUAACCAAAGACUGAGAUUACAGGACAUGACUAUGGAAGAGUUUAUAACCAAAGACUGAGAUUACAGGACAUGACAAUGGAAGAGUUUAUAACCAAAGACUGAGAUUACAGGACAUGACAAUGGAAGAGAUUAUAACCAAAGACUGAGAUUACAGGACAUGACAAUGGAAGAGAUUAUAACCAAAGACUGAGAUUACAGGACAUGACAAUGGAAGAGAUUAUAACCAAAGACUGAGAUUACAGGACAUGACAAUGGAAGAGAUUAUAACCAAAGACUGAGAUUACAGGACAUGACAAUGGAAGAGAUUAUAACCAAAGACUGAGAUUACAGGACAUGACAAUGGAAGAGAUUAUAACCAAAGACUGAGAUUACAGGACAUGACAAUGGAAGAGAUUAUAACCAAAGACUGAGAUUACAGGACAUGACAAUGGAAGAGAUUAUAACCAAAGACUGAGAUUACAGGACAUGACAAUGGAAGAGAUUAUAACCAAAGACUGAGAUUACAGGACAUUACAAUGGAAGAGAUUAUAACCAAAGACAAUAGCACUUUAUCUGAGAUGAUAGCUAUGCAUACCAGAGGGUGGGUUGAUGCAGCACCACAUACAUGUCAACUAUGUAUACAGUCUAUGGUUCUGGGGUAAUGUAUUCUAACAUGUUGGGGAGUGGGGUAAUGUUCCUGUAUUCUAACAUGUUGGGGAGUGGGGUAAUGUAUUCUAACAUGUUGGGGGAGUGGGGUAAUGUAUUCUAACAUGUUGGGGGAGUGGGGUAAUGUUCCUGUA